UCACGAGACAGCCGAAAACCGGGCGCCCCUAGCCGGAAGCGGAGGUGGGGCGCAAUCUGGCGAAAAGGCUGGAACUGUGCUCGAGUUCCCUUUUAAAAGAAAGAUUAAAUUUAUUUAUUUAAAAAAGAUUUUAUUUACUUUUAGAGAGAAGGGAGGGAGAAGGAGAGGGAGAGAAACAUCUGUGUGGUUGUCUCUAGUGGGCCCCCUACUGGGGACCUGGCCGGCAACCCAGGCAUGUGCCCUGACUGGGAUUCAAAUCCGUGACGCUUUAACUCGCAGGCCGGCGCUCAAUCCACUGAGCCACAACAGCCAGGGCUGGAAUUCCUUUUUAGUCUCUGAUUCUUUUUUCUAGCUUGGGGCGAAGGCGGAGCCGGUUCCCCAGAAUGACCGCCCUAGGGUGUAAGGACUCAGCAGGGACGUCCCCUUCAUUUGCAUAGCUCCCGGGACGUGGCGCAGCACCAAGGCCACUUCCGCACUAUAGCGAACUCCAAGUCCCGGAACGCUUUGGGGUACGUGUGCGUCACUUCCGUUGUGUUGGAAGUCGCAGAGAGUCGAGUCUGAGAGGCAGGUCCAGGUUUGAGAGCGACGACUAGUAGCUACAGGGAAAGCCGGCUGAAGAGGGACUGGCGGAUAGAUGUCCUAUAUGGAGUUGGCGUUGGACCCCGGUGAUGAGGACCUGCUGGGCUUCCUGCUAGAGGAAAGCGGAGGUUUGGGGGCGGUGCCGGACGAGGUCUUGGAGGCUCCACUGGACUGGGAGUUGCCACUUUCCGAGGCCCUGAGCGAUUGGGACAUAGAGGAUUUCCUGAGCUCCCUGCCAAGUCCUCCAGCAUCGGUGAACAUUCUCAGCAGCUCUAACCCCCGUCUUGUCCACCAUGAUCACACCUACUCUCUCCCGCAAGAACAUGUUUCCAUAGAUCUAGAUGGUGGGAUCUGUGGAAAAGGGGAGACCCAGAUGACUCCACUGCAUGAGGAGAAGCCAGCAGAGCAGGAGAUUGUUAGGCUUACACUGACAGAUGAGGAGAAGAGGCUGUUGGAGCAGGAGGGGCUUACUCUGCCUGGAACACUUCCUCUCACUAAGAUGGAGGAACAAGUUUUGAAACGAGUGCGGAGGAAGAUUCGAAAUAAGAAGUCAGCUCAAGAGAGCCGCAGGAAGAAGAAGGUGUAUGUGGGGGUUUUAGAGAGCAGGGUCUUGAAAUACACAGCCCAGAAUCAGGAACUACAGAACAAAGUACAGCUCCUGGAGAAACAAAAUCUGUCCCUCCUGGAUCAGUUGAGGCGGCUGCAGGCCAUGGUCAUUCGGAUAGCAAACAAAACCACCAGCAGCAGCACCUGUGUCUUGGUCCUCCUGUUCUCCCUCUGCCUCGUCUUUGUACCUGCUAUGUACUCCUCUGACACAAGGGGGAGCCUGCAGGCUGAGCAUAGAGUGUUUUACCGCCAGCUUCGUGCCCUCCCUCACCAGCCAGAGCUGUCUGCCCUGCAGUCAGAGGCACCAAAGGACAGCUCAGACCAUGAGCUCCAGGCUCCUGGCAACUUUUGCUGCCUGCUCUUCCACAUGCUUCAGGCUCCUGGCACAGAGCCUCCCCUGAAGUUGCCGCUCCCCGACCCUUUCUCACAUUUCCCCUGCCCAAGUCCCCUCUUUCCUCUGCAUGCAAAUCUCACAAGAGAGGGGGGGUGGCUCCCUGCCCACCAACCCAUAUCCAUUAUCUUGCAGGACAGAUACUCAGGCUAGGGUGGAGGCCUGGGGCCUACAGUUGGUGUCCCAGUGCAAAGGAGUGAGAGGGGGCUGGUCUUAGCCUCUGUGCCCUGUCAGAAGCCUGAGGGCUCAGGAACCCCAAGGGCUCAAACACCACACUUACUGGCUUUCUGGGUCUUUUAUUUGUACCCCUAUGUGUCCAUCACCCCAUGAAUGAUGGGCCUGGGGGAAUCAACUGAUCUUGAAAAUUUCAUGCAGUGAGGGGGUGGGGUGAGGAAAGAAAUAAAUAAGUGAUUCUGAUGCUU